AUGAGCUUAGCGAAUGUUGCCUCCAGAUUUCAUCUUUUGUUGAGCCAUUUUCGUGUUCUGCUUCGGAUCAACGUAUUGGUCCGGCGUGAUGCUCCGAAUGGUACAACCUUCGAUGCUGAUUGCAUGACCCAGUUAAUUUUGUCUUUCAGUUCAUUCCACGCGGCAUUCACUGAGCUGUGCGUCUGUGGGUCCCAGUCAAAGGUUGCUGAUAAGUUGUGUAGCUUAAACCAAUCCGUAAUAGUUCUUUUAGUCGCUCUUUAUUUAUCAACAAUACUG